UCGAGCUCCUGGAACUUGCUCAUCCUUGGGGGGGUCCGAGGCCCUCGAAGUUAUGCGUCUCCUCCAGGCGGUUGAGGCCUGCGCCGGGUCCUAAAGGGCGUCACACCCAGGCUGGACAACCUCCAUUCAUCUUCCAACUGCGACUCCAGCGCCCUCUCCUCACGUCCCCUCCUCGGAUUCAUUUUUUCCUGUCCCCCCUCUGCCGCCCUUUCCUCACUUCUUGGGUGCGGCGAUUCUUCUGGAAUCGAAGGUGUCGGCCAUGAGCCAGACCUUGGUUUCUUGAAUUUCUCUCUGGAGGAACUCGGAGCUGACCCGCCGGCCGCCGGGAUGGGGGUGAACGCAGUGCACUGGUUCCGAAAAGGGCUCCGGCUGCACGACAAUCCCGCCCUGAAAGAGUGCAUUCAAGGCGCAGACACCAUCCGCUGCGUCUACAUCCUCGACCCCUGGUUCGCUGGCUCCUCUAACGUGGGGAUCAACAGGUGGCGAUUUUUGCUUCAGUGUCUUGAGGAUCUUGAUGCCAAUCUGCGAAAAUUAAACUCUCGUCUGUUUGUGAUUCGUGGACAACCAGCAGAUGUGUUUCCCAGACUUUUCAAGGAAUGGGACAUUACUAAACUUUCAAUUGAGUAUGAUUCUGAGCCCUUUGGAAAGGAACGAGAUGCAGCCAUUAAGAAACUGGCGACAGAAGCUGGAGUAGAAGUCAUUGUACGAAUUUCACAUACUUUAUAUGACCUGGACAAGAUCAUAGAACUCAAUGGUGGACAACCACCUUUAACUUACAAAAGAUUCCAGACUCUCAUCAGCAAAAUGGAACCGCUAGAGAUACCAGAAGAGACAAUUACUUCAGAAGUGAUAGAAAAGUGCACGACUCCUCUGUCUGAUGACCAUGAUGAGAAAUACGGAGUCCCUUCACUGGAAGAACUAGGUUUUGAUACAGAUGGCCUACCCUCUGCAGUGUGGCCAGGUGGAGAAACUGAAGCACUUACACGUUUGGAAAGGCAUUUGGAAAGAAAAGCUUGGGUGGCAAACUUUGAAAGACCCCGUAUGAAUGCAAAUUCCCUGCUUGCAAGUCCUACUGGACUCAGUCCUUAUCUCCGAUUUGGUUGUUUGUCAUGUCGACUGUUUUACUUCAAACUAACAGAUCUCUACAAAAAGGUAAAGAAGAACAGUUCUCCUCCCCUUUCUCUUUAUGGGCAGCUAUUAUGGCGUGAAUUUUUCUAUACAGCAGCAACAAAUAAUCCACGCUUUGAUAAAAUGGAAGGAAACCCUAUCUGUGUUCAAAUUCCUUGGGAUAAGAAUCCUGAGGCAUUAGCCAAAUGGGCAGAAGGCCGAACAGGUUUUCCGUGGAUUGAUGCCAUUAUGACACAACUUCGUCAAGAGGGUUGGAUUCACCAUUUAGCCAGACAUGCUGUUGCUUGCUUCUUGACACGAGGUGACCUGUGGAUUAGUUGGGAAGAAGGAAUGAAGGUAUUUGAAGAAUUACUGCUUGAUGCAGAUUGGAGCAUAAAUGCUGGAAGUUGGAUGUGGCUGUCUUGUAGUUCCUUUUUCCAACAGUUUUUUCACUGUUACUGUCCUGUUGGUUUUGGUAGGAGAACAGAUCCCAAUGGAGACUAUAUCAGACGUUAUUUGCCUGUCCUGAGAGGCUUCCCUGCAAAAUACAUCUAUGAUCCCUGGAAUGCACCAGAAGGUAUCCAGAAGGUAGCCAAAUGUUCGAUAGGAGUUAAUUAUCCUAAACCAAUGGUGAACCAUGCUGAGGCAAGCCGUUUGAAUAUUGAAAGGAUGAAGCAGAUCUAUCAGCAACUUUCACGAUACAGAGGACUAGGUCUUCUUGCAUCAGUGCCUUCUAAUCCUAAUGGGAAUGGAGGUCUCAUGGGCUAUUCACCUGGAGAAAAUAUCCCAGGUUGUAGCAGCAAUGGAAGUUGCCCUCAAGGGAAUGGUAUUUUACAUUAUGCUCACAGAGACAGCCAGCAAGCUCACCUGUUAAAGCAAGGAAGAAGUCCCACAGGCACUGGUGUCAGCAGUGGGAAGCGUCCUAGUCAAGAAGAGGAGACCCAGAGUAUCGGUCCCAAAGUCCAGCGGCAGAGCGCUAAUUAGGUAAGAUUUUAGAGCCUAAUUUCUUGCUUUAUGUACAGUUAAUGUACAUUAAGAUGAUUUCCAAAGUAAAAUUAAUCUCUACUUUCAAAACAGAAUCUGAGGCAUAAAUUUUUAAGUGAUUGUUAUAAAACCAGUUAGUUAUUAGACAAGAGAAGUGAGCCUGGACUGGAAAAAGUGCUGCACUCAGUUUUCUGGUCAUCCUGAAUCCAUGAUCUUUAAACUUGAAAAGCUUAUAAUUUUGUGCUCAAGUUUUUUUCUUAGAAAGGUAUCUUUUUCAUUUCCUUACUAUGUGACCAUAAGUCUAAAACAAUUAAAGUGGCCUUUUUAUUUUAGUGGGAUUCUUAUAAUCUCCUUGUGUACUUUUCCCCAAAUCUUUGCCUCUUAAGUGUUUCUAAAUUUCAUUUAUCUUCUGUGAUGCUUAUAAAAUCUAAAUUCUUCUCAGUUUUAAGUUUUUAAAACUGCUAGCCCAGUUCGGAAGUAUCAAAAAUCUACGCCUAUAUCCAGAUCUAAUUAGAUUUGGUAUAAUAUUUUGUGAUUUAAAUGAAUGUGAAGAAAAUAUUUAUACAGUGCAUUUGCCAGUUUUUAAAGACUUCUUAUUUCUUCAGUUAUCUUAAACUAUAUUUUUUAUCACUUAGUUUUUUAUGCCUACCUAAAUUAGAUUGUAAAUUUAUUGAGUAUAGGAUUGGUAAACACACAUGAAAUUUUUAUUAUUUAAUUCCCUGCAAUCAGGCUUUACUCAGUUUUAUUUUGUUUUGUUUUUUUCCCCCUUAAACCACAGAAAACAUUCAGGAAGAAUACUGUUGCAACUGAAAUUGGUGGAGAGUUCAGUGCUUUUUCAGUUUAAUUAUUUUAAAAUGUUCAUUGAUGGAAUGGAAACCAGUUACAUUUUGAAAUGCGUUGUUUUUACUGACAUUUCUGUGGUUUUUAACUUUUUAAUGAAUUUCACAUAGGACAAAUGGUGAUUUGUAUAUAAGGAACUUGGUAAAAGAAUUUGCUUACUGUAAAUAUAAAUAGUCACAAUUAGUAUAGACCCAUCAAUAUAUUUUUGAUAAUUUUUCAUGUAUGGCAAAAGUUAAAGUUGCAAACUGAUACUCUGAUAUAAAAUCAUAGUUUUGCGAGUCAGUGUGGGAAAAUAGGAGGUUUUUAGACUUUCUUAAAAGACUGUCAGAAUUUUAGGACAGAAUUUUCUUCCAAUCAUUGUUUGUUUGAUCUAAAUUUGCACCCUUUGAUAAUAAUGUUUUAGAAAACGUGUGUAAUCAAAAUUGGUAGUUGUAGCCUCUAUUAAGACAGACGGUGUGUUUUAAAGCUUCAUGUAUACCUGUUUUGACCCAUGAAAGUAAUCAUGUGUUAAGUUCUUAUCUCCCUUUCUUUGUUUGUUUACAGCUAAAGUGACCUUGUUAAUUAAACUAUAUACAAAUAUG